CAUGCGUACGACGGGCCUAGAAAGGAAACAGCCUGCGACGAGAGAAGGACCGCUCGCGCUCAGCUGGUUCUCAUAAGCAUUAUGCGCGUGUCGCCGCCGUCUCUCAGGUGUGUGUUUCCCGCUCGUUGAAUGGCGCUGGUCACCGUGCAGCGGUCCCCGACCCCCAGCACCAGCUCCAGUCCCUGCGUGUCGGAAUCUGGUAGUGGGGAAGAAGACCGCCGUUCUCAGCCAAGGAGCAUCAGUGAGAGUUUCCUGACGGUAAAAGGCGCCGCUGUGUUCCUGCCCAGAGGGAACGGCUCCACUCCCUCCUCCGCCUCACGCUUCUCCCAGCUGCGCAGCAAACAUGCAGGGGACCUGCAGCAGCAUCUGCAGACGAUGUUCACCGUCCUCAGACCGGAGGACAACAUCAAACUGGCGGUGCGUCUGGAGAGCAGCCACCCCCAGGUCACCCGCUACAUGGUGGUGGUGUCCACCAACGGGCGGCAGGACACGGAGGAGAGCCUGGUCCUGGGGAUGGACUUCUGCCCCCCAGAGAGCUUAACUUGUUCUGUGGGACUGGUCUUACCACUAUGGAGCGACACCCGCAUACAUCUGGAUGGAGACGGGGGCUUCAGUGUCUCCACCGAAACCAGAGUGCACGUCUUCAAGCCCGUGUCCGUGCAGGCCAUGUGGUCGGCGCUGCAGUCGCUCCACAAGGCGUGCGAGGUGGCCCGUUGCCAUAACUACUUCCCCGGUAGUCUUUUCCUGACGUGGGUCAGCUACUACCAGAGCCAGGUGUCCUCGGACCAGUUUCGGAUCAACGAGUGGAACGCCAUGCAGGACGUCCAGUCGCACCGCGCCGACUCGCCCAACCUCUUCUCCGACGUACCCACAGAAAGAGAGAGGACAGAGCGGCUCAUUAAAAACAGUUUGAAGGAGAUCAUGAUGCAGAAGGAUCUGGAGAAUGUCACCAGCAAAGAGAUCCGAACAGAGCUGGAGAUGUCCAUGACGUGUAACCUGCGGGAGUUCAAGGAGUACAUAGACAACGAGAUGAUUGUGAUCCUGGGUCAGAUGGACAGCCCCACAGAGAUCUUCGAACACGUCUACCUGGGAUCAGAGUGGAACGCAUCCAACCUGGAAGAGCUGCAGAACAGUGGGGUUCAGUACAUCCUGAACGUCACCAGGGAGAUCGACAACUUCUUCCCUGGCCUCUUUGAGUACCACAACAUCCGCGUGUACGACGAGGAAGCCACGGACCUGCUGGCCUACUGGAACGAGACCUACAAGUUCAUCUCCAGGGCCAAGAAGGCCGGGGCCAAGUGCCUGGUGCACUGCAAGAUGGGGGUGAGUCGCUCGGCGUCCACCGUGAUCGCCUACGCCAUGAAGGAGUACGGCUGGGACCUGGAGCGCGCCUUCCGCUACGUCAAGGAGCUCCGCGCUGUCACCAAGCCCAACCCUUCCUUCAUGAAGCAGCUGGAGGAGUACCAGGGCAUCCUGCUGGCCAGUAAGCAGAGGCACAACAAGCUGUGGCGCUCGCACUCCGACAGCGACCUCUCUGAGCACCACGAGCCCCUGUCCAAGCCCUCCGCCCACAGCCUGGGCCCCUCUGACCCCCACAACCAGGCCAGUAGCACGGCCCCCACCCUGGAGGAGCUGCUGCAGCCGCCGGGGCCCUCGGCCCUCGGCGCCGCGGGGCCGUCCCAGUCCACCAGCCUGCCCGACACCGGGACCCUGGACGCCUGCCGCACCGCCCGGCCGCCGGCACCGAGGCCCCGGGGGGCCCCGAGCUCCGCCGCACUGAACGGAGCCGCGGCCCCGCUCCCGCCGCGCGGCCCCCCUCCCGCCCCCUCGGCCGGGCCCGCCUCCCCGCCGCUUCCCCUCGCCGACGGCCCCCUCGCCCCAGAGGAGGACCCGGCCGGGCCCCCAGUGGAGGACCCGGCCGGGCCCCCAGUGGAGGACCCCGCCGGGCCCCCAGCCCUCCUGCCCCCCGAGCUCUCCGCGGCCGGUGUCCACGAGAGGCCCCCUGCGCCCCCUUCCGUCCAACGCCUCCCCCCCGCAGUGGCCCCCAGCGCCGAGGCACCCGAGCGGCCCCUGGAGGCGCCGCCUCUGGCCCCCGGCCGGCGCGGGGCGGAGGUCCCCGACGAGGCCUCACCGGGUCGCGCCCGGCGCCUCUCCGGGUUGCCGUCGGAGAACGGGACGCCCGCCCCUGCUGACGCGACCACGGACCACAUCAACUUCUUCAGCGCCAGGGAGAAGUUCCAGGGUCUGUCCCAGGACGGGAAGCCUCUGGGCCAGUCUAAGGGCCCCCUGAAAGAAGGCCAGGGGCCCCCCCUGGAGGAGGGGCCGGGCGACGGGCAGAGGGAGAGGGAGGAGGGCAGAAAGGACGACCCGCUUCGGGUGCAGAUCAUAGAACUGAAGCCUCCUCCGCCUGUCAGCCAAUCAGAGCGUCCCGGCCAGCAGGACGAGGGCAGCGAGCGGGAGGCGGCGGAGAAAGCGCCGUCUGCGUCGGCGAAGGAGAAGGAGAAGGAGAGCGCCAGUGACGCUCCCGCCCCCUCCAAGGAGGAGGAGGAGGGGGAGGAGCCGGACGGCGCUCCUCUUUGCAGGGAUUGGACGAGAGGCUCGGUGAAGCGCGUCACUCGGCAGCUGGAGCAGCGCAUGAAGCGGGAGCAGGACCCCCCCUCCGCCGCCCCCCCUCCGCCGCCCGGCUCCUCCUGCACUCGCCGGCGAUCGCAGCUCCCUCCCCCGUCCCCGCCUGAAGACCCCCCCAACGGAGGUCCGGACCCCCCCUCCAGCCCUCUGGACCCGGUCGCCGGCGGCUUCCAGGAGGCGGGUGUCGAGGUCCAGCGGGAGGAGGACCGGACGGUGAGACCCCCCCUCUCUACCUCUUCGCCCCCGUCACCCCGUCACCACCACCACCACCCCUCUCUGCUCUACUCCUCGGCCCCCCCCCUCUCCUCGGUGGACUUCCUGUGCCUGGAGGGCGUGACGGAGCAGGACUCGUCGGACUGGGACCGGCCCGCCGACGGGAUGGUGAUGAGGGGGACGUGGGCCACGCUGCGGGAGCUGGGGGCCUUCCUGCAGCAGGUGAGCGCCAACAAGUGGGGGCGCGGCGUCGAGCAGAGGGUCCGCGAGGUGGAGGCCAAGAUCCGGCAGGCGGGGCUCACCCCCCCCUCGCUGAUGAAGCGCUCGGCCUCGCUGGCCAAGCUGGGCUGCCUGGAGCUGCUGGCCAACGAGCUGAGCGAGUGGGACCCGAGGGCCGCCUCCGCGGCCGCAGCCGCCGCCCCCAGCGUGGCGGACCCCCCCCCGCUGCACGGGGGCAGCGACGAGUCCAAGAAGAAGCAGCGGGUCCAAGGCUACACCUCCUCGGGACCGCUGCCCCCCGCCCCCGCCCCGCUGCGGCCUCUCGGGCUGAUCGCCAUGGCGACCCGGCAGCAGUAUGGAAGAACCCAGCCCUUGAGGAGGCUGAAGAGACGGAGCGUGAGCAACCUGUACCACACCAUGUGACACACCAUGUGACACACCAUGUGACCCCCACUACCACACCACCUGACCCCCUGUACCACACCACCUGACCCCCUGUAACACACCAUGUGACCCUCUGUACCACACCAUGUGACCCUCUGUACCACAACAUGUGACACAACAUGUGACCCUCUGUACCACACCAUGUGACCCUCUGUACCACACCAUGUGACACAACAUGUGACCCUCUGU